CACAAUAUGGCGGAUAGCAGUGAUGGCAGUGACACUAAUAGCAGUGACACUAAUAUCAGUGACACCAACACAGAUAGCAAUAAUGAUAGUUCAUCAGAAGACGAAAAAGUUUUGCUAUUGAUUUUGUUGUUGAGAAAGCGACGGAGACGUUUGAGAGCUGUACAUCGUAAGUUGUGGACAAAGCGAUGGAUCCAAAGAAGACAAUCGCAAGGAGUAUUUAACAAUCUCGUUCGAGAAUUAAAUGCAGAGGAUCCAGAGAAAUUUCGACAAUUCCAUCGACUUGAUCGGGAUUGCUUUGAUAAUAUCUUACAAUUGGUUCUGCCUUACAUUACUAAGAUGAAUACACACUUGAGACCAGCAGUGAAACCUUGCGAGCGUCUAUCCGUAACUUUGCGUUUCCUCGCCACAGGAGAAACAUUCAGGAGUUUGUCAUUCCAGUUUCGUAUCGGUGAACGAACAAUUUCUGAAAUUGUGGAAGAGACACGCCAAGCUCUGUAUAUGUCUCUAAAACAACAAUAUUUGCAAACAUGUUUCGGCAAACUUAUGCCAUUUCCAGUGCGGUAUAAUGAAUGAAUAUUUGAAUGGAGUUAAUAUAUAAAUAAAUCUGAUGCAAGACGUCUGUAUAGACAAAGGGAUGGAAACGGAAAUUUAUUUACAAUUAUGUGAUUAGAGGUGUUACGUAUUUACAAGUUAAAGAUAGCAUUGACAUGAUGAACUCCUUCUUUAAAACUAAAAGAAGCACUGUACAUCAAAAAAACUCAAGCCUAAUCCUAACAAACAAAUUUUCCAAUUGGAAAUAUUCAAAUUCGUCUCUAUCACACUCAUGAUAUUUGCCGUGUAAAUAUCACUAAUAUCACAUCAUUUCCUUUUAGUAAUUAACACGUAUCAUGCAUCCUAUUAUAAAUUCAGCAUUUUAAGCAACUUUACUUCAUUCUUAUACUGAAGAUGACUUAAUGGAAGUCGAAACAUCUUUAUAAUAAAAAUUUUUGUCGUUUA